GGCCGUCCCAUGUAAGUGAGGACGACCCAUAUUCUUCCGCUGGAGAGGAGACGAAUGGCGAUGCGAGUGAGACUAGGGUUUACACUCUCCUCCGCUGCGCACUAGGCUGAUCGAUCGACAUCUCCAAGGUCGCGGUCCGGGGGUUUCUCCAUCGCCGCCUCGUUGUGCUGAAGCUGAAUUUGCUCGAUGGAGGACCUACCGGAGGCUCUGGUGAUGGAGAUUCUCAAGAGGAUCACCAGGACAAGUGAUCUGAAUUCUCUUUCCCUUGUGUCAAAGCGGCUCUACACGAUAGAGGGGAAUCAAAGGGGUGCUAUCCAUGUUGGUUCUGGUCUUUGCACUGAUACAGAAACACUGACAUCAUUGUGCGCCCGGUUCCCAAAUUUGGAGAAAGUGGAAAUAGAUUACUCUGAAGGACAGGCCUCGCGCAGUGGUUCCGGUCUUUGCACUUGUGCCAAGAGGUCCUGGGUUCGACGCAGCCUCUCUGCAUUUUACAUUGCUGGGGUAAGGCUUGCCUCUAUAAUCCUUCCCCAGACCCCAUUUAGUGUGGGAGCUUCUAGCACUGGGUCUGCCCUGGAAAUCGAUUACCCUGGCUGGAUACUUGGACAUGGAAAUCAGUUGGACAACAAAGGCCUCUCUGUGCUUUCAUCUAACUGUUCCUCGCUGAUUGACCUCACCUUAAGCUUCUGCUCAUACAUUGAUGACUCUGGGCUUGGUUGUUUAGCUUAUUGCAAGACAUUGACAUCUCUCAGGCUGAACUCCACACCCCAAAUAACUUCAACUGGGCUUUGCUUGGUUGCAGUUGGUUGCACGAGUCUAUCAGCUCUCCACCUUAUUGAUUGCGAGGGAAUCGACAGCGUGGAGUGGCUGGAGUACCUUGGUAGGGGUGGAUCAUUGGAAGAGCUUGUAGUGAAGAAUUGCAAAGGAAUCAAUCAUCAUGACCUCCUAAAGUUAGGUUCAGGGUGGAUGAGGCUCAAGAAGUUUGAGUUUGAGAGGAAAAGAGGAAAAUAUCAUCUUUUUCCAUCCAAUAAGAUAUAUGACUCCUUGUACAAUGCUCACAGCACGGACAUAUAUGAUUUCUGCUGUGAGAGUUUGCAGGAUUUAAGGUUGGCACAUAUCAAAACUUGGCCAGAAAUAGGUCUUCGUGCUGUCCUAGGGAAGUGUAAGGCAUUGGAGAACCUUUGGCUUGAGUAUGUUAUUGCCCUAAAUGACAACGACAUCAUUGAAUUAUCCCGGAGCUGCAGCAACCUCAAAAGCAUCUCACUUGGGCUCAACCUCCAGCGCUACUGUAGUGACGUCAUGUAUUGUGAAACCAGGACGUCAUUUACUGAUAACAGCCUUUACGCUCUAGCCCUAAACUGCCGUAUGCUUCAGAUUGUAGACCUCAAAUUUACAGGAUGUGAUCGGGGCUGGCCGUCAGAAAUAGGAUUCACACAAGAGGGUUUUCUGGUCCUCAUUCAGUCCUGCCCGAUUCGUGUUCUCGUGCUAAAUAAUGCCAACUUCUUUGAUGAGGAGGGGAUGAAGGUCCUCUCAUCCUCACCAUAUCUGGAGACAGUGGAGCUUAUAUUGUGUCAUGGGUUAAAUGAUGCUGGGAUGCACUUUAUUGCGCACAUCCCAUGUUUGAGUAAUCUCACACUUCGGUUGUGUCAUAAGGUGACUGAUGUUGGAGUGGCUGAACUGGGACGUGCACAUAAGUUAGAGUCUUUGGUCAUUGAGUAUUGUGGCGAGAUCUCUCUGCAAGCUGUGCAGGGUGUUGCCAAGUCAGUUCAGUAUGCUAAGGACUGUUCAACAGCCACAAUGAAGAAAAUAGGUUUCGGUCGCCCUUAGGAAGGAAAUUUUCAGUAUAAAAUUUGUUGGCGAAGUCAUUAAGUUGUUGAGUGUGCACCAUUGGGCAAGGCUGUGCAUCAUUUGACCAGAGUAUAAAUUCACUUCUCUGAACUUUCUAUUGCCGUCUACCUUUACUACAACGAGUCUCCUUUAUACACUCUAAUGAUGAAACUUUGGACGGCAUCUGGUCAAUGAAACUUUGGACGGCAUCUGGUCAAUGAAACUUUAAUAUUAGCCACCACCUGUGUACUAUCUACUUGUACAAUUCUUGUUUAAUUUCUACUCUGUAACCGUUUUGAAAUCUGCAUGCUCAGCUCCAGGAUUCCCUGUUUUUUUUUUC